AGGACGCACUCCGGAGCUAAAGCAAGUGGAGGCAACACGUACUGGGGAUAUUUUAACGGGUUGAGGAUAUAUCACCGCCUGGAUAGCCGUUCCCUCGCGACGAAGAUGGAAUCGCGCAGCAGAUAUUGGACCUUUACUUUCAUGGUGUUAAGUGUAUUUACAUCAGCGCUAGCUGCCAAUAAUUAUUACUGUGACGAGCCGCUGGUGGCACCUCUUCCUCAGUCCUCCUUCGAGAGCUCGUCGAAGUCCUCCGAAAGCCAGCCCCCAUACCUCGCCAAGCUCAACAGCAGAGACGGAGGGGGCGGGUGGGCCCCACAGCGCGCGGACCGGCACCCCUGGCUGCAGGUGGACCUCCGGGACAGGGUGGAGGUGACGGCCAUCGCCACCCAGGGCCGUCACGGCAGCCUGGACUGGACCACGGGCUUCCUGCUGCUGUUCAGCGACACGGGCCGCUCCUGGAAGCAGUACCGGCAGGAGGAGGGAGUGUGGAUGUUCCAGGGCAACACAAAUGCAGAAGGUGUGGUUCACUACAAGUUCCCCCAGGCUAUCAGGACCCGGUUCCUGCGCUUUGUUCCCCAGGACUGGAACCCCCAAGGCUGGAUAGGGUUCCGGGUGGAGGCGUACGGCUGUGCAUACAAGUCGGACGUGGCGGACUUUGACGGCAGAAGUUCGCUGCUCUACCGGUUCAACCAGAAGUCCAUGAGCACAGUGAAGGAUGUCAUCUCACUCAAGUUCAAGAGUCAGCAGGGAGAGGGUGUGCUGGUGCACGGGGAGGGCCAGUGGGGCGAUUACAUCACCCUGGAGCUGCACAAAGGCAGGCUGGUCCUGCACCUCAACCUGGACGAUGCCAAGCUCCGCUCCGGCAGUGGGCAGGUGUCGGUGACCCUGGGCAGCCUAUUGGAUGAUCAGCACUGGCAUUCGGUUCUCAUCGAGCGCUUCGGUAAGCUGGUCAACUUCACCGUGGACAAGCACACGCAGCACUUCCGCACCCAAGGAGAGGGGGAUUCACUGGAGGUGGACUAUGAGCUCAGUUUCGGAGGCAUCCCGUUGCCCGGGAAGCCGGGGACGUUCCUGAGGAGGAACUUCCGUGGCUGCAUUGAGAACCUCUACUACAACGGGGUCAACAUCAUCGACCUGGCCAAGCGGCGCAAGCCCCAGAUCUACAGUGUGGGUAACGUGACCUUCUCCUGCUCGGAAACGCAGCAGGUGGCAGCGACGUUCCUGAGCUCCAGUGCCAGCUUCCUGCUGCUCCCGGCGGAGGCCGCGGCCGAGAGCGUGGUCGUGCGCUUUCAGUUUCGCACCUGGAACGCCGACGGCCUGCUGCUCUCCAUGCCCCUGGCCCAGGGCGGCGCCCACCUGCUGCUCUACCUCAGCGGGGGUCAGCUCUGCCUCACCCACCGCGACUCAACGCAGGGGCAGUCCGAGAUUCUGACUGGACACUUGAUGCAUGAUGGUCUGUGGCAUUCGGUCAGUCUCUCUGCCAAGGGCCCGCUGGUCAACUUGACUCUGGACGUCGGGCUGGCCUGGGUCCUGCAGCUUAACAACCACUUUGCCUCCGGCAGGGCACUCUUCUUUGGAGGAUGCCCUGGGAUGCUGACUGAGCCCGGAUGUAAGAACCCCACCUCGGCUUUCCAGGGCUGCAUGCGUCAGAUCUUCAUCAACAGUCAGCUGGUGGACCUGUUCCGUGUGCAGAAAGGGCUGUUGGGCAACUACAGCGAGCUGCAGAUCGACGUCUGCGGCAUCUGGGACAGAUGCUUACCCAAUUUCUGUGAACAUGGAGGGCAGUGUUCCCAAUCCUGGACUUCCUUCUACUGCAACUGUUCUGGGACAGGAUACAGUGGAGCCACCUGCCAUAACUCUGUUUAUGAACCAUCUUGUGAAGCCUACAGUCAAAUUGGGAGCUCCUCUGGAUACUUCUCCAUAGAUCCCGACGGGAGUGGUCCCCUGGGCCCCACGCUGGUUUACUGUAACAUGACAGGGGACCGGGUAUGGACAGUGGUCCCCCACAACAACUCAGAGGCCGUGAGAGUGAAAGGGUCCACGCUACAGAGACCCUACACCAUGAGCUUCAACUACAGUGCCUCGUCUGAACAACUGCGUACCCUGGUGCUUGGAUCUGAGCAGUGUCAACAGGAAGUGGUCUAUCACUGCAGGAAAUCCCGCCUCUUCAACACCAAAGUGGGGACCCCUCUCUCCUGGUGGAUGGACAGGAAUGGGGAGAGACGCACCUACUGGGGGGGCUUCUUGCCUGGAGUGCAGCAGUGCUCCUGUAGCCUGGAUGGGAACUGUAUCGAUAUGAACUACUUCUGCAACUGCGACGCUAACAGAGACUCCUGGGCGAAUGACACUGGACUCCUCUCCUACAAAGACCAUUUGCCGAUGAGUGAAAUCGCAAUCGGAGACACAAACAGGACGGGUUCCGAAGCCAUCUACAAAAUCGGGCCGCUGCGUUGCUAUGGGGACAGAUUGUUCUGGAACGCGGCGUCUUUCUACCUGGCGUCGUCGUACCUCCACUUCCCCACCCUCCAGGCAGAACUCAGUGCUGACAUCUCCUUCUACUUCAAGACCACCACGCCUUCCGGGGUCUUCCUGGAGAACAUGGGGGUUAAGGAUUUCAUCCGUGUGGAGCUCAGCACUCCACUGUCAGUGGCAUUCACCUUCGACGUGGGCAAUGGCCCCGUGGUCCUGCUGGUGAAAUCCCACAUUCCGCUGAAUGAUAAACAGUGGCACUAUGUGCGGGCGGAGAGAAACGUGAAGGAGGCAUCCCUGCAAGUAGACCAGCUGCCCCUGCGUUUCCUGGAAGCCCCUGUCAACGGUCACUUCCGUCUGCAGCUCAACGGCCAGCUGUUUGUGGGAGGGACGAUGUCGCGGCAGAGCGGGUUCCUGGGAUGCAUCCGGGCGCUGAAGCUGAACGGGAGGACCCUGGACCUGGAGGACCGGGCGAGGACGGCGCCCGGGGUCAGCCCCGGCUGCCCGGGACACUGCAGCAGCGACAGCCUGUGCCAGAACGGGGGCCGGUGCGUGGAGAAGAGGGGGGGCUACGCCUGUGACUGCACGCACUCCGCCUACGGGGGCCCGCACUGCAGGAAAGAGGUGUCUGCAGCGUUCGACAGGGGCUCCUCCGUCACAUACACCGUGCGAGAGCCGGUCUCCUUCCUGCGUAACGACAGCGGCCUGCCCUCCGGCGCCCGUGGCGAGAACAGGAAGUCGCGGGAGAACGUGGCCUUCAGCUUCCUCACCGCACAGGCCCCCGCCAUGCUGCUGACAGCCAGCUCCCGCCCUCAGCAGCACAUGGCCGUCACCCUGGCGCACAACGGAAGCUUACAGAUCUGGUACCACUUUGGUAAGGAGAGCACACCAGAUGUGUUCACCCCACAGUCAACCAGCCUGGCAGAUGGGCAGCUCCAUCGGAUACAGAUACACCGGGAGGGGAAGGACGUUUACGUCCAGAUUGACACAGAUAUUAGCAGGAAAUACAGACUGGCAUCUGAGCUGAACACAAUAAAAUCCCUAACUUUGGGAAAAGUCUUAGGAAGUGAGGGCAUGGAUGCGGAAGUGGUUCUGGCCGGCUCCAGGGGAUUGGUCGGCUGCCUCUCCGCCGUCCAGUUCAACCAGGCCGCGCCACUCAAGGCGGCGCUGAGGAAUCGGGGCGGCUCAUUGGUCAGCGUGCAAGGUCACGUGACGGAAUCCAACUGUGGGGCGUUGACCAGCGUGAGCACCUUCACCACCUCCUAUUCCCUCUCAGAUCACUCAGAGAACAUUGACAGGGGUAAAGAACCCCUGAAAAAUGCAAACCAAAGUGAUUCAGUGGUAAUUGGAGGCGUGAUCGCAUCAGUGGUCUUCAUCACCCUCUGCGUGGUGGCGGUCAUGACCCGCUACAUGUACCAACACCGGCAGUCCUCGCAGGCCGGGGCGGGCAAAGAGAAGGACCACCGGCACAGCCUGGACCUGCCCCGCCGCACUGAGCUGGACCUCCAGAGCUCGGCGCGGGACAGGAAAGAGUACUUCAUCUGACCCCGGAAGCCUCUGCAGCACCACUGAUACCGACCCCAAAGCCCUCCCCUCUUCACCGACCGCUCCCCUGCCCUGACCGACCGUCUGCCUGGAACGAGGUCUGUGGGGAGCGGGCGUGGCUGUGGCUUCAGACUUGUCCUUGUCAACUGGGCAUUCUCCAAAAUGGGGGACAGACACUUUCAGACUAUAGGUAGCAAGUAGGCCAAAAAAAAAAAGAACUCAGAUUUGUCGUAUUGUGGGGGCAAAAGUAAUGGGAGAGGACAGGGUCAGUACAUAUUUCUGUAGAACGCUCGUGGUGUAUUGUGUUCAAAAAAUGUGAUAAAAGUGAACACAGGCUGUGAGCUUUGAUUGUUCGAAAUGCUAAGGUCAAAGGUUAAAGCACCAAAAUGUUAAAAGGUCAAGAGCAGUGAAAACAUAAAUAAAACAGGAAGCAUAUUCUGUCCCUGUAUCACACCUGGAAGGAUUUGCAUUCUUCAGGAGAUAUUUAACUCUUACAAGGGCUCCAGCCUGUCAACGGUUAUGCUAAAACACUAAAAUAUACAGCCUAACACACAGGACCUCCUACCCCCCAAUCCACCCCAAUACAGCAUAUACUGGGAGUGGAGAGCACAAGGUUUAUUAAGAUGGAGCUAGCAGUUGGUCAGAGGUCAUUUCUGGUAAAAGGUUGGUCAUAUUUCUUUCAUAUUUCUGUCAGCGAUAUUUCUGCCGUCAACGGUGAUCAAGAAAAAUCCGGAACAUCCCAUGCAGUGUCUUAUACAGUUAUCCCCUGUGUUUGCCUGUGCAUGCACUGACUUGCAGUGUUUUUGUAAACUCCUACAAAAAGUCAAUGUCAGAACUAUUUGCCGAACCCCAAAUUCACGGAGCUGUCAGACGAAUUGCGGCCAGCCCCCGCGCCGUUAUCGUAAAUACAAUCCCUUUGACCGCAUCUGUCUCCUGCUGCAUUGUUUGAUGGAGGCAGCUGCAGCGUCUUCCAUCUGCUGUCAACAUCUGCUCUCGGCCCGCAGGAAACCGACGCAUCAAAACCUGCCGACAAUUCUGUCUGCCCAAGGGCUUUCAGACGCCCUCAUAAACAGGGCGGUUAUUUUCAGACGCUCCCUGCCCUCCCCGUUCCUGCGUGUCACAGGUCUGUCACUACCCCUGCCAUUCCGGAUUUGUAUUCCCCCGUCUCUGCAUCUGCCAUGUUUUAGUACACACCGAUAAGCUGAAGCCACGUACAAUUUCAGUUUCAUUUAGAACAAAACAAGGCUGGGUCUAGUCACCUGGAGUGAAGCUUUGUGAACCUCAUGAUGGGUGAAGGUAGCAUGUCCUCCCUGUCACUGAUGUAUAAAAACAUUCAGAUGUUAAUCAUCUCCAUUGCAAUGGCUUGUUAUGAUUGGUUACAGUCAGUUUGGGACACAUGCUAGCCCCACCCAGGGAGUUCAAAAUUGCAUUCUCUUCUGUUUUUUAUUUAGGUCCUGGAUGGCUGCAGUUUAAUUUUGGCUUUCCGUGAUUCCGUUUGGUCCGUGAUUCUCAUUAGAUAGAUGAACUCGGUGAAAGUUCCUUAGCAACGCACACUCCCCUAUGAUUGGAUACAUGAGGAAGGAACAGAUCAGACAGAAAUUGCACAAAUGUUCACAACGAUGAAUUUUGAUCGACCAUGUCAUGCUUUUAGGAUGGCCACAAGUAGACAAUAUGGUGAUUAUAAUGUUAUAGUUGUGAAUUUAUUGAAACCUAUUCAUCUAUCCAUAUUCCAUCAUUACAGUGAUCUUAAUGAAGUUUUGUCUUGAUUCUCCAUGAAAUGUCAGCAACAGCUGCACAUACUGAAAUGUGUUUGGGAGAUGUCUGUGUAAUGCAUAGUGACACUUGGGUGCUUACAGGUUUGGAAACUCCGUCGUCUCAUGGUGGAAGAUGGCCAGUAGUAUCCAUUUUCUUUUUAUAUUAAUGUGCCCAGAUCCCAUCCAGCUGUGAUGCACUUCUUGAUGAACUGAAAAGAAACAUCAGCUUAAUUCGAUUUUAUUUAUUUAUACCUACGUGCUUUUAGUAUAUCAUUGAGCAUUGAGUUCUGUCCAGUCACUGAAAAAAUAAAUUAGGCAAAUUAGGCAAAGGUGGAAAAAAAAUAAACAAACCAAAAAAAGGUUUUUUCGUUCAUUAUACAAGCAUGUUCCGGUUGUAUUGAAUAGAGGCCAUGUCUUGUUUUCAGAUGCUAUGUGUCUUCAGUGUGUCCCACAUCCAGGGUUUAAAAAAUGACAUGCGUUAACACAAGUUGGGAAGAAAAAGAUAUUUGCUUCUACAUUUGCAAUGAGCUGCAUCUGGCUUGAUAUCAUGGUGACCAUAGUUUGAAGGAUGGAAGUUGAAAUGUACGUGGAGUUCCUUGGGAGGGUGGGGAGCGCGCAGUCUUUCGUGUGGUCCAUUGAUGUUUAACAUAGACAAGAGUAUUGCGGUGUGUCGUAAAAGCCUUAUCGUAGAAAGCGGUGUAUCUUCUUUUAGCCUACGAGUGAGAUCUCUUCGGUACGUUCAGGCCGAAGACCUUCCCCCCAACCGCCGUCACCGGUUGGCUCUUUCUCUCGAGGGCGCUGGGUUGGCGGGGGCCUCCUCCGAGCGCGGGCAGCCGUGCGGCGCUGCUGGUCGGACACGCGGCCUCAGACGGCGGAGACGAAAGAGGGAGAGCGAGAGCGAGAGAGAGUACAUAAUACCGAUGACAAAAUACAGUAAGCAAGGCCUCCGCACAGAGCACACUGCGUUCUGCGGCACUGCAUCACCGGCAGUUCUUGUUUUAGCUGGUCAUUUUUCGAGUCUGCUGUGGACCUCGUAGGAAAAAGGGUACGAGCAAACCCGUUGCCUGACGCGUUCUUUUUUGAAGUGCAUUAUGUCCUUAUAAACAAGUCGUACAAAACCUCUCAGACUCUUCUCAUUUAUACCAAUGUUGAUAUUCUGGUUUGUUUUCUAUGGCUAUAAUUGUACAUGUACCUUGUAUAUAGGUUUAAUAAUUAUAUUUAAUAAAGAAGCAUUUUUACAGCUUUAUGUGCAAAG